AUGGAGUGCAACCCUCUCUUGGAUCCCCGAUAUGAACAAUUGGUGCAGUCGUUGCCGCAGAGUGUUUUCGUGGAGGUCUUUCGCCUACUAUCGCCGGCCUAUUUCGUGGAGCCGUACCGGGACAUCCAUCGUCCACUGCACCCCACAGCUGUGGCGAUCAAAAAAUACCGGUCGCUCAGCUCGAUCUUGGGGACCUAUGCCCACAAUCUGAUCGCCAUUGUUCAUAUCCGGCAAUCCGCCGGCCACAUCAUGGGUCUGGCGGAAUACACGCAUCUGCUGGACUGCGCCCGGUCGAUUGGGGAUGCGGAGCUGGCGGAUAACAUCUGGUCCAAUAUGCAUGAGGACGAGGUGAUCCCGGAUGUCCACUGCUACAAUUACUAUAUGGCGGCCAAGGUCUGGGACCGAGCCUACGCGGGACACGAGAGGUACCACCUGCGCGUGACCCCAUUUGCCUAUCGAAAGCGGAGGAUGGAUGCUCCCAACCCAGGCUUCCAAGGCUACGGGACCGCCGGUCGCAGCGUGCGAAAGGAAGUGCUGGGCAUUUUCAACGAGAUGGUCGCGAAUGGGAACCAAGCGGACGAGGCCUCCUUGGUUAACGUGUUGCUGGCGGCUAGUCGAGUGGGCUAUGUGCAGGGCAUCAAAAGCGUGCUCAAGACAGCCUGGAACGUGGAUGUGGAUGAGCUCCUCGCCCAGAACGACGAGUCCCUCGUGCCGCCGGUGACGGAGUAUGACCGAUCGUCGCCCCUUCACCCGUCGGGCGCGCUGCUGUUUGCCGUGGCCCACGCCUUUGGCACGAAUAACGACAUCGCCGCCGCCCUACGCACGGUCAACUUCAUCGCCAGCUCGUACAACAUCCCCAUUCCCGAGAAGGUCUGGCUGGAGCUCCUGGAGCGAUCGUUUGUGCUCUCGCGACCACGGUUCGGCCCGGACGCGAAACGCGACCGGAAGGGUAAAGUGAACUACGAUUUCCUAGGUGUGCUGGUCCAAACGAUGGCGUCAGAACCGUUCAACGUCCGCUACACGAUCGAAAUGCAUCACGUACUCGCUAAAUGCGCCUGGGACCGGGCACGCCUGCGGGACUUCCAACACCACAUGCGUGCAGCCUACGACCUACUCCAAGAAACCCGUCGAGACCUCCACCGCGCGAGACGGGUCAUCCAGCGCGGUCUCGGCUACAAACCCUCUCGCGCGGCCCCCGUCCUCCCAUCCAGCAUCAACCCCGCACUACUCCAAUCCGCAAAGUACGCCGACGCAAUCCACGAAUACGAGAUCCUCCGCUGGCGCACCGCCCAGCAAACGAUCUUCAUGGAAAGGUUCGCCAAACUCCUCCUCAUCCACAACCGGUGGACAGGCCGGAACAACCCCGUCUGGGAACGACACCUUCUGCCACAGGCGCUGGAGGAAUGGCGCGAUUUUGUACCCCAGAGCUUCAGCUACAGCACCCGUGGCGGACAAAUCGCACUGCACGGCAAGAUCCACUGGGGACACGCCCGGCUGACAGCGCACAAGCAUGUGCCGACUCGACGGCCGACGGUCGAGAAUGGGAUCGCUCUGGAUGAGGGCCGGGGACAGCUCGACGACUGUCACUUCUGGGACCAGCUGCAGGAGUCGCUGCCACAGCUCGUACGUGACCUCCCGCCGCUGCAGCGGCUGUUUCAGGGUCUUGCGUGGGAGCCGGAGCUACAUGGGGGGGAGAUGGUGUAUGAGGGGUUUGCGCCAAUGGAGCCAGGUGCUUUGCACGAGCAUUCUGCAGAGUAUUCGCAGCAACAUCACCAAGAGUAUAUCCAACAACCCCGACCGCAUACUCAGCGACACCACCAGCGGCACCAUCAGCGUCAUCCCCAAGGGUACCCUCAACAGGACCCUCAAAGACACCCUCAACAGCAACUACAAGAAGCUCCCCACGAGGAUCCCACCAUACCGGAUGGAUUCUCCAUAGCCUGAUCCGGCUGGUAGACUUUCUU